UGCGUGUACACAUACCACAAAAAAUGUACAUAUCAUAUGGACAUUUACUGACACGUAUGCUUAUUUGACGGCUUUAUAUUAUCAAAAAUAUUUGUCCCUUAAACUAUUAUAAUUAUUUGAGAUAAUAAAAUAAUAAUACGUAAAUUAUUGGAUAAAUAGAAAGUUGAAAUUAAUAAUAUAUCAUCGAUAAGAUGAGUAGCAUUGUGGAGCAACCAUGCUAUACCCUGAUAAAUAUACCAACGGAAUCAGAGCCGAUAAACGAGCUCCAGAUGAAACAAGAUCUGGAGAAAGGUGACAUUCCAGUUAAAAUUGAUGCAUUAAAAAAAACAAUUCAUAUGAUACUAAGUGGUGAAAGACUACCUGGUCUAUUAAUGACAAUUAUUAGAUUUGUUUUGCCACUUCAAGAUCAUACAAUUAAAAAAUUGCUUCUUAUUUUUUGGGAAAUUGUACCAAAAACAUCACCAGAUGGAAAACUUUUACAAGAAAUGAUACUUGUUUGUGAUGCAUAUAGAAAAGAUCUUCAGCAUCCAAAUGAAUAUGUUAGAGGAUCAACAUUGAGAUUCCUUUGCAAAUUGAAAGAACCAGAACUUCUUGAACCUUUAAUGCCAACAAUAAUUGCUUGUUUAGAACAUCGUCAUGCAUAUGUUCGUCGUAAUGCAGUACUUGCAAUAUUUACAAUAUAUAGAAAUUUUGAAUUUUUAAUUCCUGAUGCUCCUGAACAAAUAGCAAAAUAUCUUGAAGAAGAAAGAGACAUGUCAUGUCGUCGUAAUGCAUUUUUAAUGCUUCUUCAUGCUGAUCAAAAUCGUGCUUUAGCAUAUCUUGCUGCUUGUCUUGAUCUUGUACCAACAUUUGGUGAUAUUUUACAACUUGUUAUUGUUGAAUUAAUAUACAAAGUAUGUUUAGCAAAACCAUCAGAACGUGCACGUUUUAUACGUUGUAUUUACAGUUUAUUAAAUUCACCAAGUGCUGCUGUACGUUAUGAAGCUGCUGGUACACUUGUUACAUUAUCAAGUGUACCAACAGCAAUUAAAGCUGCAGCAUCUUGUUAUAUUGAACUUGUUGUCAAAGAAAGUGAUAACAAUGUCAAGUUAAUUGUUUUAGAUCGUCUUAUUGCUAUGAAAGAAAGUGAAUCACAUGAAAGAGUACUACAAGAUCUUGUAAUGGAUAUACUAAGAGUACUUGGUUCACCAGCACUUGAAGUACGUACAAAAACUCUUGCAUUAGCAAUUGAUCUUGUUACAAAUCGUACAGUUGAAGAAGUUGUACAAUUUUUAAAAAAAGAAAUAAGUAAAACAGUUGGUAAAGAACAUGAAGAUUCUGGUAAAUAUCGUCAAUUAUUAGUAAGAACACUUCAUACAUGUUGUAUUAAAUUUCCUGAUGUAGCAGCAACAGUUAUACCUGUAUUAGUUGAUUUUCUAUCUGAAAAUAAUGAAGCAGCAGCAACAGAUGUUUUGGUAUUUAUACGUGAAGCAAUACAAAGAUUUGAUAAUUUACAACCAUUAAUUAUUGAAAAGCUACUUGAAGUAUUUUUGAAUAUAAGAUCAGUUAAAGUACACAGAGGUGCAUUAUGGAUACUUGGUGAAUAUGCAACAACAAAAGAAGAUAUUGAAAGUUUAAUGAAUCGAAUAAGAUCAUCACUUGGUGAAUUGCCACUUGUUGAAGCUGAAAAUAAACGUCAAAAUGGUGAAAAACCAAGUGAUGAUGGUGCAACACCAUCACAACCAGCUCAAUUAGUAACAUCUGAUGGUACAUAUGCAACACAAAGUGCAUUUAGUUCAUCAUCAAAUCGUAAAAAAGAAGAAAAACGUCCGGCAUUAGUGCAAUACAUGAUGGAUGGAGAUUUUUUUAUUGGUGCAUCAUUGUCAACAACAUUAGCAAAAUUAGCAUUACGUUAUAAAUCAUUGGUAUCUGAUGAACAAAAAAGUAAUCGUAUUCAAGCUGAAGCAAUGUUAGUUAUGUCAAGUAUUUUACAAUUGGGUCGUUCUGGUUUAGCAACAAAAGCUAUGACUCAUGAUGACGGUGAAAGAAUAUCACUUUGUUUAAGAUCACUUGCUUGUCCAACAACAAUUGUUCAGCAUGUAUUUACUGAAGGUUGUCGUGAUGCAUUGGGUCGUAUGUUAACAGCUAAAGCUGAAGAAGAUUCACAAACACAAAAAGCUAAAGAAAAAACUGGUUGUAUUGUACAAGUUGAUGAUGCAAUACAAUUUUUACAACUUAAUAAAGGAGCUGAUUUAAGUGGUGGUACUGGUGAUGUAUUUGAACAAAGUUUAAGUGCUGCUGUUGCUGGUAGAUCAAAUAGUAGUGGUGAUUCACCAGCUCCAAGUGCCCUAAGUAAAGUAACACAAUUAACUGGUUUUUCUGAUCCAGUUUAUGCUGAAGCACUUGUUCAUGUUAAUCAAUAUGAUAUUGUACUUGAUGUAUUGAUUGUCAAUCAAACUGAGGAUACAUUACAAAAUUGUACACUUGAAUUGGCAACAAUGGGAGAUUUAAAACUUGUUGAAAGACCACAACCAAUUGUUUUAGCACCAAGAGAUUUUGCAAGUAUAAAAGCAAAUGUUAAAGUUGCUUCAACAGAAAAUGGAAUUAUUUUUGGCAAUAUUGUGUAUGAUAUAUCAGGUGCUGGAUCUGAUAGAAGUGUUGUUGUUCUAAAUGACAUUCAUAUUGACAUUAUGGAUUACAUUGUUCCAGCAUCAUGUACAGAUGCUGAAUUUAGACAAAUGUGGGCUGAAUUUGAAUGGGAAAAUAAAGUUUCUGUCAAUACAACACUUGCUGAUCUUCGAGAGUAUUUGGCUCAUCUAUUAAAAUCAACAAAUAUGCGUUGUCUUACACCAGAAAAAGCACUAUCUGGACAAUGUGGCUUUAUGGCAGCAAAUAUGUAUGCAAAAUCAAUAUUUGGUGAAGAUGCAUUGGCUAAUUUAUCAAUUGAAAAACCAUUUAAUAAACCAGAUGCUCCAGUUGUUGGACAUAUUAGAAUUCGUGCCAAGAGUCAAGGUAUGGCCUUGUCACUUGGUGAUAAAAUUAAUUCAGCACAAAAACUUAUUCAAGCUAAGGUUGUUCAAGCUGCAUGAAUUUUAAAAUAGACAUUGUUUAAUAAAUGAAAGCAAAACCUAAUUUUAACAAUUGAAUGAAUAUAAAUGAUACAAAAAAUUAGUAAGUAUGUAAAAUGAUUAAAUAAUUAUGAUUAUUAUAUUAUUAUUUUUUUUUUUUUCAAAUAAAUAUUAUAACCAUUAUAUAUAUAUAGUAAAUAAUAUAGUACACAGGUAUUAUAUGCAUUUUAUCAGUUGGUAUAAAUCAUCUCACGUGAAAAAUAAUAAGAAAAAUUAAUUUGUAUUGUAUUUUAUUUUACUCAAAUAUAAAUUUAAUGUGUAUUACUAUUUUUUUUUUUUUAUCAAUUGCAAUGAUUUUUUUACAAACAAAAUUAUAUAUUAUUUAAAAACAGAUAAAAUAAUUGAUAGUUUAAAAAAUUAAAUGCUUUUCAUUUGUGCCAUUAAUUCGUCUAGGCUCAAUCCACUGGUGUCAUCAGUAGAUUCUUCAUUGUCAAUUGUUGUUGAACUUGUUGGAAUGUCAUAAGCUUGUUUUAGACCAGCACAUAAAUUACCAGUUGAAGAUUGAUCAGCUUGUAUGUUUUGUUCUUCAUCGUCAUCAUCAUCAAUUAGAGAAAUUCCCCACUCAUUGCUUUCAUGAAUUGGUCCUUCUUCAGGUAUUUCUUCAACAAUUUGUUUUUUUGGAAUUGCAUUAAAUUCUUGUUGUCUUUGACGACAAAAUUUUUCAUCACAACUUGGAUUUGGUCUGAGUGUCAUUGAUGGAAAAAAAUCUUGCAUUGCAUUGUAGCCAAGAUAAUUUGAUGUAACUCCAAAA